AUGCAUACAUUGCUGUCCAAACCGAUUACACGCAUUACGAUUGGAGAUGAUGUAAAUGGUAUUUGGCCAAAAGAUGUAAAAAAAGAUCAUAUUAAUUGUGCUCAUGCUGUAUCAUCAACAAUUGUUACUGGUGACGACAAUGGGGCUGUUAAUUUGUUUAAGUUUCCAUGUCCAGAACCUGGAGCGGAACAUAAAACAUUUUAUGGUCAUUCAGAUAACGUAACAAAUGUUCGAUUUCUUUCUAAUGAAAGAUAUUUAGUUAGUUUAGGUGGAGAUGAUUGUUGGUAA